CGGGACCGGGAACGGGACCAGGAUGCGGGGUCUGGUGGCGCUGCUGGCGGCGCUGAGCUGCGCGGCCCCGCUGGGGCGGGCGGUGGGACCCGCCGGUGCUCUCAGCUCCAACGCCAUCAAGGGACCCCCGCCAGGGGGGGCGGCCGAGGCCAGCGCUGCCCCCGCUGCUCCCUUCGACGGUAGCAACAAGUCGCCUCCGGCCGCCACCCGGCAGCCUUUCCCCUGCACUGAGGAUGAGGACUGUGGCCCAGAGGAGUUUUGUGGGGGGGCUGCCCGUGGUGGGGGUGCCCCACUGUGCCUCGCCUGUCGCCGACGUCGCAAGCGCUGCCUGCGUGAUGCCAUGUGCUGCCCUGGCACCACCUGCAGCAACGGGCUCUGCACGCCUCUGGAGCAUCCUCAUGGUGGUGGUGAGCUGGAUGAGCUGGGCACUGAGGUUCUGCCCCGACGGACACCUGCCCCUGCCUGGCUGCCCACUGCCAAAGGUGAGGAGGGGCAGUUCUGCCUGCGCUCGUCGGACUGCGGGGCCGGGCUGUGCUGCGCCCGCCACUUCUGGUCCAAGAUCUGCAAGCCGGUGCUGCGGGAGGGCCAAGUGUGCACCCGGCACCGGCGGAAAGGCGCCCACGGGCUGGAGAUCUUCCAGCGCUGCCAGUGCGCCGAGGGGCUGACCUGCCGCCUGCAGCGCCCGCAGGCGCCCGCCGACGCCUCCCGCCUGCACACCUGCCAGCGGCUCUGAGCGGCGGCAGCGGACAGAGACCUCCGGCGUGGCCGGAGCGGAAGGUUGUUUCUCAAGGGAACUACUCCGACGCGACUUUUACUUGCAGUACGUUACUGUGUUGUGAAUACUGGAGCUGCACUUAAGCUGUACGGGAUGCCAGGACUUCUUCGGGGCACCGCUUGGGUUUGCCUGCUCCCGGGAGGGCGCUGCCCUGCGCUCUGCCAGCCGUGACUGUGACUUUGUCCACACUGGGUUCUCGAGUCUAGCCUCAAUAAAAGGACGCGGCCGUGCCGUUGGUAAGCGAAUAAACUGUGCCUUCGAGCCGUAGAA